AUGGUUAUUGAUAUGGGAGAUAGAGUUCAACAGUUUGUAAAUGGAUUAGGACCCCAUUUGAUUGAUGAUUUCUUGACGGAUUCACUUCAGAAGGGUAUGGAUAUUUCUCGUAUCCAGGCCCAUGCCCAGAAUCUAGAAGAACGACAGCAGCAGCGAAAGAGUGAGCGUGAUUAUGAUAGGGGUUAUAGUAAGAGGGCCAGAUUCUCAGGUGCUAUUAGUGACUUCAGAGAAGGUCAAAGGCAGCAGUAUUUUAGGCAUUCGGUCCAGUCAGUAGCUAGUGAACCUUCUCGAUUUGCAGGGCAGUGUAAUUUGGGAUCAGAUGCUUGCUAUGCUUGCGGCCAGACAGGCCAUAUGAUGCGCAACUGCCCAUCGAGAGGUGGUAGAGGUAUGAGUCAGCCCAUGGGAUCAGCAGUUGGUUCUUCAUCAUCGGUGCGCUCUAUGAAGCAAGGUUUAUAG